AUUCGGCCCAUUUCCAGCUUUGUCCGCCUAGGGUUACCGCACCGAUCGCCCUGCCCACGAGUACGGUAAUCAGCGACAACCGCCGGCUCAUCUCCAUCCACGAAACGCUUUCCUGCUCUGGCAUCCGCGUCUUCCACCACUCGAUCUAUGCCAUGAAGGUGAGGUCAUCAGUGAAGAAACUCUGUGAGUUUUGUAGGACAGUGAAGCGUCGUGGGAGAGUCUAUGUAUUAUGCACUGCCAAUCCCAAGCAUAAGCAGCGUCAAGGCAUAUCAACAUUUGCUUAUGAGGGUCCACUGCCUCCUGUGUCUUCGGAUGUUACCUCUAAGCAGGAAACAUCAGCUACCAACAGUUGGCCCAUAGGGCUGGCAUCCCUUCUGAAAAAACAGGACAGUUGAGCUCAAGAUGUAUGUUGAUCAGGCUACGUUUGGAUCACUAAGGCAUCUGCAAUGUCAUCACAGUCUAGUUCAAUGCUUUUGCACCACAUUUUCAUUAGCUAGUUCUGUUACUAUUUUCAGAUCUUGUAUUUUUAUCUGACGAAUAUUGUGCAGACUGAGGCAUUAUCUAAACAUGCUUGCUGGUAUUCAAUCCUUCCUGUCAGGAAUAAUAGUGUGGUUCUUUGCAGUUCUCAGAGCUUAAUUAUCAUCUCAUUUAAAUUCCA